GCGGGCUGCCGGCCCCGGGCGGGGCGGAGCCCUACUUCUGGCCGCCCGCGUAGGCGGUGCUUGAACUUGGGGCUGCUUGUGGCUGGGUACUCGCGCAGAGGCGGGCCGGCCAGCCAUGGUUGCUGGGAGCGACGCGGGGCGAGCCCUGGGGGUCCUCGGCGUGAUCUGCCUGCUGCGCUGCUUCGGUUUCAUCAGCUGUAUUUCCCAACAAACAUAUGGUGUUCUGCAUAAGAAUGUCACUUUCCAUGUUCCAAGCAAUAUACCUUUAACAGAAAUCCUAUGGAAAAAACAAAAGGAUAAAGUUGCAGAACGGGAAAAUUCUGAAUUCAGAGCUUUCUCAUCUUUUAAAAAUAGGGUUUAUUUGGACACUGUGUCAGGUAGCCUCACUAUCUACAACUUAACAUUAUCAGAUGAAGAUGAGUAUGAAAUGGAAUCGCCAAAUAUUAGCAAUACCAUGAAGUUCUUUCUUUAUGUGCUUGAGCCUCUUCCAUCUCCUACACUAACUUGUGCAUUGACUAAUGGAAGCAUUGAAGUCCAGUGCAUGAUACCGGAGCAUUACAACACUCAUCCACAACUUAACACGUACUCAUGGGAUUGUCCUUUGGAGCAAUGUAAACAUAACUCAACCCGUAUAUAUUUUAAGAUGGAAAAUGAUCUUCCACAAAAAGUACAGUGUACUGCUAGCAAUCCAUUAUUUAAAAGAACAUCAUCCAUCAUUCCGGAAACCUGUAUCCCGAGCAGUGGUCAUUCAAGACAGAGAUAUGGACUUAUACCUGUAGCAUUAGCAGCAGUUGUAACAUAUGUUGUGCUGUGUGUGCGUGCACUGGUCCAACCCAUUCCAGCCUUCCCUGCAUCUUCAGCCUCAUGCAUAAGCUCCAAUUGAUUGGUAACAGAAGAUGAAGACAACAGCAUAACAACUAAAUUAUUUUGAAAACUAAAAAGCCAUCUGAUUUCUCAUUUGAAGAGAAAUUUUUGAAAAAUUUCAAUUUUCGAAGAACUGUUAGAAAUGUAACUUGAAGCAGCUAUUUUUUUUUUAAGAAGAAAUACUUACAAACAAAGAACAUGCAUUAGUUUCAAGUGUCAUCAACCUAUUAUAUGACGGGGUGCUUGCUUUUUUGUCAGUAAAUUGUUUUUAGUGAUAAUAGAGAAACUUUUGUAAAUAAAUGUAAAUAUGUACAUAAGUGA